AUGAUGCCCAAUAUUAAAGAUCAUAAUACCAUUCUGACCCUAUCAAUGAUGUCCUUUGAUGCAUACAUUGAGGUUGGAAGCAAUGGUCAAUGGUAUGAUUUGGAUUCCGAGUGGGGAAUUAAUUCAACAUUUGGUUGGGAAGAUAAAGGAUUGAGAGGCCAUGUCUUUGGGAAUGCAGAUAAUUCUUUAUUAAUCAUAGGCUUCAAAGGAACAAGUGGCUCAAUAUUUAAUACCGAACCUACGGGCGAACAAGAUAAGUUUAAUGACAAUAUGCUAUUCUCUUGCUGCUGUGCUAAAGUGGAUCGCACAUGGAAGGGCAUUUGUGAGUGCAGCGAUAAGACAUACUCAUGUGAUAGUCAGUGUCUAGAGAAAAAACUGGUAUCAUCUGAACUGUAUUAUGACUAUGCGAAUCGUAUAUACAUGAGUGUCAAUGAUAAAUAUCCAAAUGCUACCAUUUGGUUAACAGGCCAUUCACUUGGUGGAGCGAUUGCAAGCUUAGUAGGUCAGACAUUUGGUGUGCCAACCGUCACCUUUGAAAGCCCUGGUGAUCGUUUGGCCUCUCGACGGCUACAUAUGCCUCAACCCCCUGGAGCUCCCAAUUUACCUAUUUGGCACUUUGGUCACACGGCUGAUCCUUUGUUCAUUGGAGUCUGCACAGGGCCGAUGAGUGGUUGUUAUUAUGCAGGAUAUGCUAUGGAAUCACGAUGUCAUGCAGGAAAAGUCUGCAUAUGGGAUACAGUCAAAGACCAUGGUUGGAGAGUAAAUUUGGCAACUCAUAGAAUAGGGGAUGUGAUUGAAAAUAUUAUUAAAAAGCCAAGUGAGUUCCCUUUACCUCCAUGUGAAAUACAGCAAGACUGUGAUGACUGCGGAUUAUGGGUUUAU